AUGGAGCUGCUGGGUGAACAAAAGCUCGCUGUCUAUAGGUUGCGGUUCACAUUCACUUUGGACAGCCGGGCAGACGCGAUGCGGCAUAGAAGUGAGCCAGCUUUGGCCUGGGCCUUCGCCGCGGCCGGCUUGGCGCAUUUCAAGGCCCUCCCAGGCUUUUGCCCCACCAGCAGCUGGCUGUGCCGGCAAGGCACCAGUAGCUGGUGGAGGGUCACCCCCACAUCCUCCAGCCAUUUCUUCCUGGAGAUGAGCCACUGCCCGAGAAGAACGAUGCAGACCCUGUUGCAGAACCAGCUGAAUCGCGGGUGGUUGGGGAAGACGUCACCGCUGCCGUGCGGACUUGGGCUAUGUCCAAAAUGGCUGCGAUCUAGAAUGUCCAGGAGUCAACUCUGGCGGUGGCUCAGCAGCCUUCUGCAAAGCAGCGGCAGCAGCCUUGAGAGAUUGACACUCUGGCGGACGAGCUUUGGGCACACCAGUGCACUGCACCUGCCAGAGGUCUUGAAAAUAUAG